GGGGCAGCUUUCACACAACAGAGUCACCUAAAAAAUCAUCAACACAUUCACACUGGAGAGAAACCUUACAGCUGUGAUCAAUGUGGGGCAGCUUUCGCACUACAGAGUGCCCUGAAAAGACAUCAACACAUUCACACUGGAGAGAAACUGUACAGCUGUGAUCAAUGUGGGGAAACUUUUUCUCGUGGUGAUGUCCUUAAAACUCACCAGCGCAUUCACACUGGAGAGAAGCCGUACAGCUGUGAACAAUGUGGGGAAACCUUUUCUCAUAGUGCUAGCCUUAAAACUCACCAGCACAUUCACACUGGAGAGAAGCCGUACUGGUGUGAACAAUGUGGGGAAACCUUUUCUCAGAGUAGUCACCUUAAAACUCACCAGCGCAUUCACACUGGAGAGAAGCCGUACUGCUGUGAUCAAUGUGGGGCAGCUUUUUCUCAGAGUUGUGACCUUAAAAGACACCAGCGCAUUCACACUGGAGAGAAGCCGUACAGCUGUGAACAAUGUGGGGAAACAUUUUCUCGGAGUGAUAGCUUUAAAAGACACCAGCGCAUUCACACUGGAGAGAAGCCGUACAGCUGUGAACAAUGUGGGGAAACAUUUUCUCGGAGUGGUAGCCUUAAAACUCACCAGCGCAUUCACACUGGAGAGAAGCCGUACAGCUGUGAACAAUGUGGGGAAACCUUUUCUCAGAGUAGUAGCCUUAAAAGACACGAGCGC